UGUAUACCGGCGACAUGGUUUAAAACUGGAGGAGACCAAAUUGAUUAUUGAAGGCAUUAUGGGAACGACAGAUUUUCCGCUAAUCUAGCUCGCUGAAGCGCUUGGAAUUACGUGCACAGUGCGUCUCUAUCAGACGUGCGAUUGGAAGAUAUGAAUAUGUGAGUAAAUGUGUUCAUUGUGCCGUUGUACCUGCGUGAUAUUUACCAUAGUUUAGUGAAAACAUAGUUUUGCUUGUAUUUUGUUUUCAAUUUUUUUUUUAAUUCGUUAGAUAUUGGAUUUGACGUGGCGUCAUUUAUAUUAUUCCAUUAAACUGUGUAUCUAUUGGAAUUUCGAGAACAUACCAAUAAAAUAAGGAAACGGAAAUCAUCUAAGAUAAAAAAAGAAACGCAAGAAAUUCAUUGAUUAAGGAACGACAUUAUUGAGACUGCAAUCGCCUAAACACUGUGAUUUUAUGCCAAAAAAUUGAAAUCGGAUGUUUAUAUUUCUCCAAAGAUAAUCUUGUGAAGCUGCAUAUUUUUGUAUACUUCAACACCUUCAGUUGAUAUUUUGCUCAAACUUUGCCGUUUGUGAUUUGAAAUUAAAGUAUACCAUUUAUAUAGUUUUGUAUCAUAUCAAUGAGAUUACAAACGGUGUCGUGCGUAUACGUGGUUAAUUGAAUAUCGAUAUCUGAGGAUCACUUACAUUGUUACAGUAUUGGAAUUAUAUAUUUAUAUUUGCCGAAUUCGUUUUAUAAAAUUACAUAUAAUUAAUUGUACGUUUAGUUCAUACUUUGUCAACUAUCUAUAUCGUAACAUAUCUUAUGCGACCGGUGCAUUCCUUAGCCAAAAUUGGGAAACCACAGCGCACGGUCGACCAACCGCCUGGUCAAAUUCUCAGAAAAACUCACGUGCCGAGCGAGAGCCACGGGAUUCAAAAACCUCACAAGAGUAUUUCGUCAUCACUGACGUCAUCAGCGUGUAGUUCAGGAAAUUUACACAUUUCCAAGAACAGAAUCCUCCAAAUGCGUCCUAAUCUCACAACGUUAGCUAAUGGCGUCACGCUCGUUUCCGGUGUUGGCGAGAGCCACCUAGCUGGUCAUCUGGGUUCCGGCUCGCUGAAUGGAUCCAGUCUUUCUUCCGGUAUCAUUCCAAUGAAGGACCACGAUGCUAUUAAGUUGUUCGUGGGUCAAAUUCCGCGUAACUUAGAGGAGAAGGAUUUACGGCCUAUCUUUGAGGAGUAUGGACAGAUUUACGAGCUUACCGUUCUAAAGGACCGGUUCACAGGCAUGCACAAAGGAUGUGCCUUUCUCACAUAUUGUGGCCGAGAGAGCGCGCUCCGAGCUCAAGCGGCUUUACACGAACAGAAGACACUUCCUGGGAUGAAUCGUCCGAUACAAGUCAAACCAGCGGACAGCGAAAGUAGAGCGGAAGACCGGAAGUUGUUCGUGGGCAUGCUCAACAAGCAGCAGACGGAGGAUGAUAUCAAACAUUUGUUCACCCCCUUUGGCCAAGUUGAGGAGCUCACCAUACUUCGAGAUCAGAAUGGAAACAGCAAAGGUUGCGCGUUCGUCAAGUACUCGAACCACUCAGAGGCGCAGGCGGCCAUCAACAAUCUCCAUGGCAGCCAGACCAUGCCGGUACGUGCGCACCUACACACCAGGGGCGCCUCUUCUAGCCUCGUGGUCAAGUUCGCCGACACGGAAAAGGAGCGACAGCUGCGCCGGAUGCAGCAGAUGGCACAGUCCGUGGGCAUUCUGAAUCCACUGGCGCUUUCGCAGAUAGGAAGCAGUGGCUAUGGCGUUUACACAUCGCCUCGCGACCUCCAGGUUUACCCCGAAGCGCUCAUGCAGCAGCAGGCACUCAUGGCGGCAAGUCAAGGUCAUUACUUGACCCCGGUGACCUUGGCACAGAUUCCGCAGGCGGUCGCCGCCCUUGCCGCUCCCAACGGCAUCUCCACGGCGACCAUGACCCCGACCACCGCCUCUCUGGCUAAUGGUACUGCCUCCACCCCGAUCAGCAGCGCUCCCCCUAGCGUUCUUUCUCCGACCCCCAUGGCAGGAUUCGCACUGCAAACGAACGGUCAAGCGCACGAGAUAUACGCGAACGGCAUUCCAGCUUACACAGCGCAAACUAUAGCUAACGGCGACCCUACCCAGAUUUACACGGCAGUUACCCCGUACGGAAUAAGUGAAUACCUGACUGCCUACCCCGCCGCGUUCAAUCCCAUCCAACAAGCGCUGCUACAGAACGCAGCCUUAAUGCCUACUGCACAGAAAGAAGUUCUGAUGCCCUCUACAGGCCCUGACGGGUGCAAUCUCUUCAUUUACCACCUCCCUCAGGAGUUUGGAGACGCCGAGCUUGCGCAGAUGUUCAUGCCCUUUGGAAAUGUUAUCAGCGCUAAAGUGUACGUGGACAGGGCCACGAACCAGAGCAAAUGCUUCGGGUUCGUGAGUUUCGACAACCCCGCUUGUGCCCAAGCGGCUAUUCAAGCCAUGAAUGGGUUUCAGAUCGGGAUGAAGCGACUCAAGGUGCAACUGAAGCGCCCGAAGGACGCCUCAAAGCCCUAUUAGCCGCCUCGUGAGGGGAAAUGUUCUGGUCAGUGAUGCAAAGUCUAGUCGGAAGAAGAGCUGAGAUGUGAAAACCCCCACCGAAAAAAAAGAACAACAACAUACGGCCGUCGCGCAUGAUUUGAAAAAAAAAAAUCGUGAUCAAGCUGAAACAAUGAACAACUUCAACAGCAUUCUCGACGAGAGCAGCAAAGGAAAUUAUCACAAUCCCGUUUAUUGAUAUAACAGCGAUGGUGUUUUUAGAAUCAGUGUAAAUAUUUUUUUCUUGUUUAUUCAUUUUACUUGACUCGUUUUAACAAAAUGUUUGCUUUUACAUUGUGUAUAUAUUUAAAUGAUUUUCGAUUUCUCAGAAACUUGUUUGAACUUGUUAUAUUUUGCCAUUACUUUGUUCUUAUUUUAUUGUUGCGUUUCUUUUGUCCGACCGGUUUCGAUUUAUUUUCCGGAAUUCGGACAUGAAUUUGUCCGGUCGGCAAAAGUAAUUUAUUAAUGAACUAUGUGCAAUAUUUAUAUAUAGGCAAGUGCUGCAGUAAAACAUAUAUACUCCUUUCAUGAAACAUUUCUAGGAAGACUAAUUAUCCGUAUUUUAAAUACUAGAGGUAAAAUCAUUUAACUAAUUUACAAUAUUUCGUCAAAGCGCUUAGUGAACUGCGUGUUUGUUUUUGGACGUAAUUUUAUCGGUUAUUAUUAUAGGUAUUAUCGGUUGGAAUUAGCUAUCAAAACAUUUAAUGAUUAAUCAGUGACCGAUAAAUCAUUGCUUUGGCAAUUUUGAUGGCAUAAUAAGUUUUACGAAUUUUGAUUUGUUUGGAAGGAGAUUAUUAUUACCAUUGUUAUAAUGUACUAUGUAUGUCUUUUAUGGGCGAUAACGUAUCGUCAUCGAUGUCUGUUUGUGUUUUUAUAAUUUGUCAGAAAUUUUAGCUCCCUUUUAAACUUUUGAUGGAUUUUUGAUUUCUUUAAACAUUCCAAUUUCAAAUGUUCAUACGCCAGUCCUGGGUGGGGAAAGUCUUUAUGUGACCGGGAACAUGACAACGCGUGCGUGCGCACAAUUGAGAAAAAAACAAAAUAUGCAAUUAUUUUCAUUCACGAGACAAUUAUACGGUACAACUAGUAGUAGUAUAAUCCGACAAACAUUGAGUUAAUAAUUACUCAUCAAUUUCGAAUUACAACUAAGAUUUCAAAGGUUGUGUUUCCGGGUUCACAUUGUAAACAUAGGGCCUACACAGUUUUGUACGAAUCGCUGCAUGCCAAAUAUUUACUUUUUCAUUAAAUUGUGUUUAACACAAAUAUAUUCGCUGUUGUAUUGUAAAUACAGUUUUGACCAAUCAACGUCGUGCUAUUUUAAAUAACAGUAAGGUGUACAUUUUUCUACCGUAUUUUUAUAUCAUUUUAUAUGGUUCACUAACACAAACUCUUGAUAUUGUGGUUUGGUAUUUUGUAAAUGGUGGUUCUAGUGUUAGAAUUUACUAAAUCUUGUGUCGUAGUUUCGCAAAACUUAUAAAGUUUGUGCUCAUUUUAGAAAGAAAAUCUUUAAUCGAGGUGAUACACAUUGUCACGUGGUUGUUGUGACGUAACAUAAUUAUUUUCCGGUGACAGCGUGUGGUAACUUAUGCUUUGUUUUAAAUUUUUAUUUCAUAAAAGGGAGCUACUAUUUCUGUUGCAGAGUAUGGAAUUUGUUGCAAAUGUCCAUGCGUUGUGUGUCAACAGACAAAAGUUCACCGCCUCAUUUGGCGAGCCGUUUGUUCGUUAACACACACAAGUGUUUGUUUCGCCGAAAGAAUAAAACAACAUCUUAGGCGCUUAGACCAUUCCGUGCAUAAUGAUACGUCAUGAUCAGUUAUUGACCUCAUUCAUUGGUUACGUCAGAGGUUUUUGUACAUAGUUUAUUACAUUAAAUUAUACAGAUAUACGAACGUUUUAAUAUGUUUAGAUGUAGAUUAUUGGUAGACAUUUUUAGGUUAAAAUCAUUUCAAUAUGAGUACAUAAUCACUAUUUUGUUGCCAUCAUCGCUAACAAGUUAGUUUUAUAGGAUGUUUAUUUGUGACAAGUUCAAAUUGCUUAUUAGAUCAAAGUGUUUCCCUUUCACUUGUAAAAAUUGUUUCUUAAGCAAUUUCGUUUCACCAGUUGAGCAGUUAUUGUUACAUUAUAAUUUGUCAAUUGGAAAUUACGACUUAAAACAAGUCCAACUAUGUGGUCAACUUGUUAACUGUAUCUAUCUCAAAGUUAAAUUGUUGAAAAUAAAUUUAUCAAAGGUGUACAUAUUUUAUUCAAGCUAUGUUAAUUUAUUUCUUUAUAUUAUACAAUUGUAUGGGUGUUUAUUUGAAAGGGAGCGAACUCAUGACAGUUGUAGUUUUUGCUGCGUGCUUGUAUAUAACGGAAUAUGGCUAUAUUUUGCAUGUUUGCACAAACUUAUUAAUACUUACUUUUUUCUAAAUGACCUUUAUGCUUACAUUUGAAAUUCGACAGAAAAUAAAUUAUUUUUUUACUGCCUAUAAACAUGUAUCUUUCCGUUUGAAAAAAGCAUGUGGUAGUAUCAAAAAAUGUCAAACCAUCCUUAAAAUUGUUGCAACGCUCUAUCUGGAGGAGAAGUCGUUUAGAACAAAAGCCGAAUUAGAUAGAAGGCCAAAUUGUCAUUUGUGUAAAUACCGUAGUAGUUAAUUAUGUAGACUAGAACAUAUUGCUAACACUUGUAAGGCUGUGUUUCGCAAAAUAAAUAUGUUUAUUUGUUUCUGUAACAUUAAGUGUGAUUGAUUCCUUUUUUAUUGAUUUGAAAUCACUCAUCUUUGAUUGUGUAUGUUUCAUCCAGUACGUUCUCGUUAUUUUCGAUAGGUUCAAUAUGAGUAGCCGCCCUUUGUAUUUUAUUUAUUCCAGUCUUGUAUGCUAGAAUAUGGUUAAGUAAGCAAUUACAAGAACAUUGAAAGAUACAUGUACGAAUAAUAAUAAAUUAUACCUGUAUUUCAAACCAUGCAUAACAUAGAAUUUUUUUAUACAAUACCAAUUCACCUAGCAUGUAAGGCUUUCCGUACAGAAAACUUCUGAAUCACAAGUAUAUUAUUCAUUCUUAGUUAAUUAUCAGGUAUGAAAAUCUAUAGAUAUUUUAACACCUGCAAACUAUGUAAACCACUGUCCAUUUAGGACAUCAUUUCAUUUUUACCGUUGAAAAAAUAAAAAAAAAAGUUAUUAAAGUGAAACCAUUUUAACAACGCCUAGGACAAAAAAAUACGUGAAAAUGUACAAAGGGCGACUACAAAUAUUGAAAUGAAUGUGCAAUAUACCUAUACUAGUCUAAUCCUAAGCAUUUGUUGCUCUUUAUACUGAUUCUUGAUAUUUUUUACAAUAACACAUUCAUUCUCCAUUAAAGGUAAUAAUUAAAGAUUUGAGUAAGUAUAAUAAUUAAAACAAUUUUAGAAAUACUUACGAAUACAAACAAUGGAUAUAAACAUGUUUUUUUAACAGUUUGAGUAAGCUUUACAGAGCCUUUUAUUGAUCAAAAUUUGUUUAAUGCAUUCAUUUUUAUAAUUAUGUAAAUAUUUUUAUUUUGAAAGAUAGAUCGAUUGAAAGCAAUCCACCACACAGGGAGGAACUUGUCUCAAAUAAUGUAAUAAACAUGUCCUUUAUGAAUGUGUUUAAAAAAAAAGAUUUCUCUACCCCGCCCAAAUUUAUUAAGUCAUGUUUUACUUGAAUCAUUCUAUUCACAUUGAUUUUUUAAAUUUUAUUUGAUGCGCACCAUUGGGAUGACAUGCCUUGACCGGGGCUCUGCGACACAGUGUUGUCAAGACUUUGGUUUGUCCCUUAAUCGGCAACCAGUCCAUGAAUAUUGUAAGUUCUUGAAUCUGAGAAACGAUUAAAAAGUGCAUUUUGGCAUCGGUUACACAGAACGCAUGCGCUGGCUCUACGGUAUGUCAUCCGUGGUAACUUCAUGGACUUGAAAUCCAAUGCGACCAAUCUUGUACAAUAUGAAUAGAAACAGAAAAUAAAAUUUAUUAGCUAAA